UUAAGUGAUUAUAAAAUCAGGGGUUUGCGAAGGUGGAGAUGAGACAAUUGUUUUAUGAUUUGACUAUCAACAACAUUCUUCGAAUGAUAGCCGGGAAACGAUAUUAUGGAGAGGGAACAGAGCAAGAUGACGUUGCGCGGCGAGUGAGCCAGUUGAUUGACGAGAUUGUGUACAGGGCUGGCGCUGGGAAUGCAGCCGAUUAUUUACCGAUUUUGCGUUGGAUUACAGAUUUUGAGAAAGGGGUCAAGGAGUUAGCGAGUCGAGUCGAUGAGUUUUUGCAGAGUCUAGUAGAUGAGAAACGUGCGGUUAAAGAAAAGGGUAACACUAUGAUGGAUCACUUACUUUUUCUCCAAGAAACUCAGCCUGAUUACUAUACAGAUGUCACUCUUAAAGGAAUCAUAAUUGUUAUGAUACUUGCCGGGACUGAAACAUUAGCAGGGACUUUAGAAUGGGCGAUGCUGAAUUUGUUGAACCAUCAAGAAGUACUAGAGAAAGCGAGGACCGAAAUCGAUACUAAAAUCGGUUUUGACCGGUUAAUAGAUGAAGCGGAUACUAAAAAUCUCCCUUAUCUCCAAUGGAUUGUGUUGGAGACCCUACGUCUUCAUCCAGCAGCUCCAACAAAUGUUCCACAUAUGACGUCAGAUGAUUGUAUGUUGGCAGGAUACGACGUUCCACGUGGUUCGAUGUUAUUGGUGAACAUAUGGGCCAUGCAUAGAGACCCGUCAAUAUGGGAAGACCCCGAAAUGUUCAAGCCAGAGAGGUUCGAAAAUGAAAAGCUUAAUCAAAAGUUGUUGUCGUUUGGAAUUGGACGAAGAGCUUGUCCCGGUGUUGGCCUAGCUCAUCGGUUACUGAGCUUGGCUCUUGGAUCGAUGGUUCAGUGUUUCGAAUGGCAGAGAAUUGGAGAAGAAUAUGUUGACACUAGAGAAGAACUUAUGGCAAUGAUGCGUCCUGCAACACCAUUGCUAGCCAUGUCUAUGGAGAAUUUCUGUUUUCAAAACUCUGUUUAUCUCUUUGUAACGAUUAUGGUUCUUGUUCUUCUUCCUCGUCUCACUCUUUCUGCUACUUCGACGUACACUCGUCCUGAGAAGUUUUACGUCAACUGUGGAUCGGAUUCUAAUGUCUUUUAUGGUGGUCAGACCUUCGUUGGAGAUAAGAACUCCAGUGGUAACUCUGUUUCCUUCACCAAUAAAGGAACUGAAGUCAUCGACGACCAAUCGUCUGUUGCUCCCGAAAUCUACCGGACGGUUAGGAUAUUCAGACGCCCUUCUUCUUACGAGUUCAAACUUGAUUCUCUUGGUCUGCACUUUGUGCGUCUCCAUUUCUCUGUUGUGUUUUCUCGGGCAGAUCUUUUAACUGCUAGGUUCACUGUCUCUGCAACUUCUGGUUCUAAUCAUCACUUGAAAAGUUUCCCGCUUCAGAAUUUCACUGAGACCCCACGAGUUGAAGAGUUUCUCCUGAUGAUGGACUCGCUAGAGUUCGAAAUUCGAUUUGUGCCUGAUCAUUCCUCUUUGGCUUUCGUCAACGCCAUUGAAGUGUUCUCUGCUCCUAAUGACCUCGAAAUUCAGCCAGAUUUCGACAAGAAUCUGCAUACAAUUUACAGAUUAAAUGUAGGAGGCGAGAAAAUCACACCGGAUAAUGAUACCUUGGGACGAACUUGGUCGCCUGAUGAUGAAGACUUUCUCUACCGAAAAGAUUCUGCGAGGAACAUUAAUUCAACACAAACGCCUAACUACAAUACAGCAGGGUCACUGUCAGCCACGGAAUUCACUGCUCCUGCUUUCGUCUACAAGACAGCUAAAGCAAUGAACCGCAGCUCGAAUGAGCGGGUGGGGAUGUUGACGAAUGUUACAUGGUCGUUCAAGGUCAAAAGUAACUAUAAACACUUCAUCAGGCUUCAUUUCUCUGAUAUUUUAAGUAACUUCUCAGACUCCGACUCCGAUUUCUAUCUCUAUGUAAAUGGGUACUGGCGAGUAGAUGUAAAGCCUUCAGAGCAGCCUAAGUUGGCAACUCCGUUUUUUAUCGAUGUCGUGAAUGUCUCUGAUGGUUCUGGACUCUUGAAUAUUAGUAUAGGUACUAAGGAGGCCGAUAAAGAUGCUGGUUUUCUGAAUGGUCUGGAGAUGAUGGAGUUUUUGAUUAAAUCUGGUUCUGAUUCUUCAAAUAGAAGCAGUUCCCGGGUUCACAUCAUCGCUGGUUGUGUUUCUGCUGCUGCAUCGGCUCUGGUCUUUAGUUUGUUGUUUAUGGUAUUCUUGAAGCGGAGGAGAUCGAAGAAGACUAAGCCAGACGUUGAGGGCACUGUAUGGUCUCCUUUGCCAUUGCACAGAGAGAAAUCUGACGUUUACGCUUUUGGAGUCGUCCUCCUCGAGGUUUUGUUAGCGAGACCAGCUCUAGAUUGUAGUCUACGUUACGAAGAAGCGAAUCUAGCGGAAUGGGCGUUUUUCUGCAAAUCAGAAGGUAAAAUCGAUGAGAUCUUAGAUCCGAGUUUGAUAGGUCAAAUUGAGACGAAUUCUUUGAAGAAAUUCAUGGAGAUUGCUGAGAAAUGUUUGAAAGAGUGUGGAGAUGAGAGACCGAGUAUGGCGGAUGUGAUUUGGGAUCUUGAGUAUGUUCUUCAGCUUCAGAUGAUGACGAUUCGUACAGAAGCUCAUGAAGAAGAUAGUACGGCGAUUGUCUCCUCUGGUGGUUCGUUGGUGGCUCCGAGGUUGAUGGUGAGUGAUUCGUUUAGCAUGAACUCGUUUGUGAAGAAGGAUGAUGAAUCGAAGAAUAGAUUUGGAUUUACGGAUUCGUCGGAGACUCGAGUUUUUUCGCAGUUGAAGAUCUCUGACGCAAGAUGAUAAAAUCAUUUUCAAUUGUGUGUAAAAUUAUAAAUUUCUUGAAAUGUG